ACAGUAAAUACUGAUGGUGAGUCAGACUGCUGCUGCUGAUGUCGCUGGUCGACAAACAGCAAGUCCUCGUCUUCAUUACUGGUGUUUGUCUGGUGAAUACAGCUUUGCUAGUCAGUUUUUACACUUUUUAGAGCAUCCCUUUAGUGAUAUCAACCCAAGUGGAUAUCGGACAUGAAAAACUUUGCAGUUGCUUUGUGCGCUGGAGCGCUUCAGCUUCUGGCCUUGUUCCACUUUAGCCCUGUGCUAGCCCAAAAUGAUGGCAGUGGUGUGGUGGUGGCCAUGUACAAUAUCAGCGCUCCCCAGGGAUCUCGGACGGUGUUGCAGUGUCAUAGUCAGCGCAUGGUGUGGACCCAAGACCGCCUAAAAGACCGUCAGCGUGUAGUACACUGGGAUCUUCUCCGUAGUGGCCCGGAUCAUGCAAUGGAGCGUGUUGUCGAUAUGUUUUCUGCCGGUGACCAGCGCAUCUACAAUGGUUACAACCAGGGACGCAUUAGCAUGACAAAGACUGCUUUCAGGGACGGCAACUUCUCUUUAGUAAUCAAAGGUGUUGCUAUGAGUGACAAAGGAAUCUACUCGUGUAACCUGCAUCAUCAUUACUGCCACCUCUAUGAAUCAGUCAAAAUGCAGCUCAAUGUCACCAAGUCAGCUCGUAAGGAGAAGAAGUUCUGGGAUGGUCAGAAGGCUGUGUUUGUGGUUUUGGUGGGCAGCACUGUGGUCCUUCCGUGUGUUAACCGUCGUCCCAUCUGGACCGAAGGCAACAGUCAGGAGGACCAGCAGCAGGUGGUGCACUGGGACCGUCAGCCGCCAGGGGUCCGUCACGACCGUGCAGAUCGCCUCAUCGACCUGUACGCUUCCGGCGAGAGGCGUCAUUACGGGCCACUGUUCGUUCAGCGUAAAAUGAAUAUAUCAGAGACGGCAUUCUCACAGGGAGAUUUCUCUCUCAUCAUCUCAGCCAUCCAGCUCUCAGAUCAAGGUCUAUACUCCUGCCAUCUCCACCAUCACUACUGUGGCCUGCAUGAGAGGCGCAUCUUCCAGCUAACUGUGACCCCUUCGAUGCCUGAGGAACCUACAAAUGAACCUCAAUUUCUUCCCAGUGAAGACCAAAACACAAACGUGGUGGAGGUGCCACAUGUCAUUAAUGUCAUCCUGCCGGAUCAGAGGAGUCAUUUUCUGCAGCAGCUGGGGUACAUUCUGGCCACUCUUCUCCUCCUGGCCUUGUCUGUGCUGGCUAUCAUUCUCCUCACACGGCGUAGAAAAAGACAAGGCCAAGAUUUCGAUCCACGGAAAGUCGAAAACUCACCUUUACCAGUGGUGAAGUAUGUGAGCCAAACAUCAUGUGUUAGAAAGGAUUGUGCCUCAGAGAUGAAGUCAAACAACCAAGAGGAAACAAAGCUGAACUACAAGAACAAUAUUCUGAAAGAAGCAGAAAUGUCCAAACUGUGUCCCUCUAAAUUUGACGAACUAGACAGAGAGACAGAGAAGCCAUCUUGGAAAUAAGAUGCACUUUGUCUCUGGCUGGUCCAGGGACAGACUGGGGAUAAACAAGAAUGGAAGAAUGAUGGGUGAAAACAUGUCAAGGAUGAACAGAAGAAGAGAGGAACAUGGUUGUACAAUUCCUUAUGUUUUCCUUUUGAGCAGUGACACAGCAGUAUGCACCAGACUCCGUAUUUUGGAUAGUAAAUGGCAAUCGGUUAUUUUAAGAGCACAGUAAUAAAAAAAUGUAAUGCCCGGCAAAUGGCACACACUCUAUGAGUGGAAAAUUCAUAUAUGUAGAUCAUGAACUACAUUAAGUGUCAGAAUGUUUAAAUUUGUGUGAGAUAUCGGUCAUGCAAGGGUGAGGUCUGACUGGGCUGUGACAUUGACAGAAUAGUUAGCACAAAAUCGACAUGUCAGGUUAAAUGCAUUUAACUAGUGCCUUAAGUAAUACACUAAGCUUUACCGUAAUGCUUAUUUGUAAAUAUGGACUGCAUCAUAAACUGUGUAACACUUUAAACACUUCAAAUUGCAUCUCUGUACUGUUUUAAACUAAUGACGAAGUAAAUAAAUAUAUAGUUGCAUGUUUGACGCUUUUGUAAUAUCAUGUAUAAGGGCGCUUAAUAUGAAUUUAUUGAAUUCAUUUAUUCCAGUUUACACUACAUGCUUUGUUCUUAUUCGUUUUUCAGUUGUUUAUUGUUAUGUCAUCCUACAAUAUUGUAGUCUUAAAUCAAUACAUUAUCUCAAUUUUUCAACUUUGUUACCACUUGAAAGCUGCAUUUCACUUUAUUUUAGAAGGCUAAAAUAAAAAAUGCCAUCUCUGUUAUCAAAAUUUCAAUGUUAACAUUAGCUAAUGUUGUCAUGUAUACUUUUCUGUUUAUUUCUGUCAUUCUAGUAGUUACUGUACACUGAAAAAAUGAUUCAUUCAAUUUAUUCAAUUUUUUUAAGGUAAGUGGUUGCAAUCAAUUUAUUUAAGCUACAUUUAAACAAAAGUUUUUUGUUUUGUUUUGCCUUUCAAUUUUUUUUUUGUUUAAAUGUAGCUUAAAUAAAUUGAUUGCAACCACUUACCUUAAAAAAAUUGAUUAAAUUGAAUUAAUCAUUUUUUUCAGUGUAAGGUAUUUGCUUGUAUACCUCCAUACAACUCUAUGCUAAGAGACAGGUCAGCUUUAAAGAAAACAUUAUGCAAGACACAUAUAAGACAUGCAAACUGUUUUUUUAGCUUGAUCAAAAUGUUAAUACACUGAAAAAAGAUUCAUUCAAUUUACUUUUUUUUAAGGUAAGUGGUCGCAAGCAAUUUAUUUAAGCUAAAUUUAAACAAAAUAAACAAAAAAAAGAAAAACAAAACAUUUGUUUAAAUGUAGCUUAAAUAAAUUGCUUGCAACCACUAUACCUUAAAAAAAUUGAGUAAAUUGAAUUAAUCAUUUUUUCAGUGAUGUAAUUUGUACAGAUAUUAAGGUAAAACAAUGCCAUUCUGUUCCUGGAGGCACAACAACACUUUACAUGUUGCAACUUUUCCUAUGCAAACACAUGGAUCCACUCUUCAGCAUGUACUCCAGGAAGGGAAAUUAUGAGUUAGAUAUGGGAGACAUCCAAAACGUGCAUUGUUGGUGUGCCUCCAGGAACAAGAUUGGGAAACACUUAUGGUAUGUAAUAAUGGAUUUUCAAACACCAUUGCCAUGCUAAAACGUUUGUGUUUUUGACAAUCUAAUUUUCCAGUCACUGCUGAUGUUUUCUCAUUUAAGCAGAAUAAAAUAAAUCUUUGAAAAAUCUA